AUGUUCUUCAUGGAUGUAGGUUUUAAACAUGGUGAUCGUUACAACCUGAGUUUGUAUGGUGAAGGGUAUUAUGCGUUAGGGUACAUGUAAGUUGAGUUUUUGUUAUAUUUGAUAUGUUUAGGAAUGAUCCGGGAAGUUUGGAUGGUAUACCUAUCAUAUUUGUGCCUGGAAAUGCUGGUAGUGAAAAACAAGCACGGUCUUUGGGUUCAGUGCUACAAAACAAGACAGAAUUAAGAGGGACUCACUUUAAAUUUAAUGUUUUUACUAUUGAUUUCAAGGAGGUUUGUUUAGGUUAACAUAUUUUGUGUCUACAGUGUGCAUACGUGGUUCUAAAACUCUCAAGUUAUUUUUAAGAGCAAGUUUGAUAUAUUUAUUACCUUUUAGGAGUUUUCCGCGUUUAGUCCAUCGAUUAUUCACCGUCAAAUCGAUUAUCUUGUUCAUGCUAUCAGACAUGUUCAUGGGUUAUAUAGAGAUGGUCGGAAAAUCAUUUUGUAUGGACAUUCCAUUGGUGGAAUUGUUGCUCAAGGAGCGUUGACACACAAAGAUAUUCAAGAUAAGGUGUCAUUAGUUAUUGGUCUUUCUACACCGUUCAGCGAGCCACGUGAGUGAUAUUAUCCAUCUUUUUUGACUAGUCUUCUUUUUUCUUUAAGUUUUGUUGUGAAAUGGUUUUUUUAUAUUACACACAUAAGUUUUGAGAUUUAUAUUGCCAUUUAUAUUGUUUAGCGAUCUCAUUGGGUCUUGGAAUGAAAAAAAUUUGGGAUGAUUUAUAUCACAAAUCUGAUAUUCCAACAAUUUCAAUUGAUGCUGGUCUAUUGGAUCUUCAAAUAGCCCCAGAAUGGACGAAUGCACCUUUCGUACAUCAUGUUUCAACUAAUGAACUUGACGGGGUUAAUUUAGAAUGUGACCAUCAAUGCAUUGUGUGGUGUAAUCAGCUGGUUAGGUAGGUUCUUUUUAUAUUUUACUUUGAAUGUUUAGGUUUUAUGGAUGAUGUUAUUAUGCGAGUAUGAAGUAAAAAUGAUUUUGCAGACAAAACAGCAGGUUUCUGUUUGAUUAUGCGGCUUCAAUGGACUUCAAAAAUGAUUUCAAAGCUAUUUUUUACAAAAACUUUGGCCCAAAGUCAAGUGAUGUCUUAUAUCAUGCUGAAGAUGAACUAAGCUUGGACAGUACAAUAAAGUCAACGAUCCUAUACAACAAAACUAUUAAAAGAGCAACAAAACUGCCGUUUUCUUUUUACCACCACUUAUUUGUGUACGAUAUUAACAUAGAAGCUAAAAAUGAACUGAAGGAAGUUGAAUUUCAAACCAAAUAUGGAUUUCAGAAAGCUGUCAAGAAUGGCAAUGUAUUUGAACUUAGAGCUGGGUUCUUUAACUCACCAAAAGUUGAUGAACUACCAAGAUUAUUGAUUGAUGUGGAAAAGGAGAAAAGUGAGGUCAUAAUAACAUACAAAGUGGAUGUCAAAUACAGCUUGUUGAAGGUAAAUUUUUAAUUUUAGGUUAGAUUUGAAUUAGAACUACAUAAGAACGAUAUAAUUUAGAUUAAAGCAACGUGCUAUAAUAUAUUUUUGAAAAUUUCAGUUUUGCCAAAAGCUACGAGGCUACCUUAUGGCAGCGAUCUUUGUUUGGGCUUUAUCAUCGCCGUUUUGGAAUUCUGGAAAGUUUUGGGUGAUCAACAGUAUUUUUGUUGGCUCUUUGAUGGCUGUGUAAGGAAUUUAGGCAUAUUUGGCGUUUUGUAAAAUUUGUCAUUACUAUGGCAUGAUGACACAUUUUUUCUUAGUCUGUAUGACAUGUUAAAUUGUUAAUUAUUGCUUUAAAUGUUAUGAAGAAACAUUUUUUGUCUAAAUUUACCUUUUUACAGUCUUAAAGGUUUGAACCAGAUGGACGAGAUCGAGUUCUCAGCACUAGUGAUGUUAUCAUUGAUUGGCGCUAACAUAAUGUCUAUAUUGGCUUCCCCACUAAAACUGGUUUUCAAAUACCUAUCAAGAUACGACACAUUAACUACGCCGGGCUAUGUCGACAUUACAUUUACCUUGAUAAACCCAAUCAUUGGAGUUACGGUAAUUUUACUGCGCUACGUGAUACGAGCUUCGAAAACUUGUGAAAAGGUCAUGGAGAUGAUGUUAUACACAACGAUUGGAAUUCUACUGUGUAAUAUGGAUAAGUUUUUCACAUUUAAACUAUUUGCUAUCGUGAAAUUGGAGUUACAGUGCGAGUUUACAUUUCUUUUGUUGUUAUUCUUGGCAGUUUUAUUGGCAUCGAGAUGGUUUACAAGGAUUGAGAUUGUUAAUAAGUACUUAAUCUGUUUUUUAGUUGGUAUGCUAG